AUGGCGUCGGAGCUCAAGCUGUGGAAGUCCGGGGAUUGGAUUUGCACCAGAGUUAGAACAGGAUCCUACAUCAGUAUUGGUAUCAGAGCUAGAUGGCUGAAAGCAGCAGGCGGGAUCUUCGGGGAAGUGUGGCAGGAACUGAGGGAGAUUAAUCUCAAGCUAGAGAGGUUCCAGAACACCAGGACAGUAAUUCCACCGGAACUGGCAUUGAGACAAAGGAAUGGAAAUGGGCGGAGACAGCAAAGAGGAUCACAAAUCAUUGAGGCGUCGGAGUCCGAAGGAGAGCUAGACCGUUUCGAAGAGCCUGACGAUUCUGAUUCUGAAGUCGACGCUACCAUUCAUCGUCGUAGGCGGCCGAGGGAAACAAAUCGGACUCACAGUGAAUUUAAAGUCAAGCUAGACAUACCGUAUUUUGAUGGCAAAUUGCAUAUUGAUGACUUCUUAGAUUGGGAGAGGUUCGUUGAAACAUUCUUCGAAUAUAUGGACAUUGCUUCUGAAAAGCAGGUUAAAUAUGUCGCUUGUAGAUUGAAGGGGGUAGCUAGUGCCUGGUGGCAACAGGACCUGCAGACACGGCUGCGAGAAGGACGGGGGCAAGUGCGCAGUAGUAGGUCCGUUAAUGAUUAUACCGAAGAGUUUUAUCGCUUAAGUGCUCGCAACAAUCUAAAUGAAUCGACAAAUCAACUGGUGGCUAGAUACAUUGGAGGAUUGCGGGAAGCUAUACAAGACAAAUUGCAAUUAAAUGAGAUAUGGUUGCUUUCUCAAGCCGUCAACUAUGCGUUGAAGGUUGAAUUACAAAUGCUCAGACACACUCGAGGUGGCCAAUAUAGAAGAAAUUCAGAAGCUGUAGUGGAUCAUAGCAGGAUGUCUAAAACAGUGGCAUCACAAAAGAGCAAUCAACCAUCUCCGAGUCCCACUACUGGCAACCCUGUUGGCGGAACUAAUAGAAAUGCAGAGCAAAGUGGAAUGCAAAAGAGUAAGGCAAUUAGCAAAGAGAAUCCAUAUGCCAGGAAUAAUAAUAUUAAGUGCUUCCGGUGUUUUCAACAAGGACACAAGUCCAACGAGUGUCCGUCAAAGCCGCAAUUACAAUUGGUAGAAGCGGAGGCUGAGGUAGAACCAUAUGAAAAUGAAGCGGAUGGUGAUAAUUCGCAGGAAGAUGUGUUGGGGGAUGAUGGCGAACCUCUCGUCUGCGUGUUGGAAAAACUGCUUUUGGCGCCGAGGCAAUCCAACCCAUCCCAGCGUAAUGUUCUAUUCAGGACUAAGUGCACGGUUAGCGGGAAGACAUGCGAUUUGUUGAUAGACAGUGGAUGCACGGAGAAUGUGGUGUCUCGUGCAAUGGUUCAAGCCUUGGGGCUCAAAACAACAAAAAAUUCUAACCCAUACAAAAUCAGUUGGGUUAAAAAGGGAAUGGAGAUUGUUGUGACUGAUUUAUACUGUGUAUCAUUUUCUAUUGGGAAGCACUAUGCAAGCGAGGCCUUAUGCAAUGUGCUAGAAAUGGACGUGUGUCAUAUUAUUCUGGGUAGGCCAUGGCAGUAUGACGUGGGAGCCAUUUACGAUGGUCGAGCCAACACUUAUGCAUUUGAUUGGAAGGGAAGGCGUUUGCGGUUGCUGCCAUCUAAUUCUGGACAGGAGCACAACCUUCCAAAGAAUAAAAUCGCUUUGCAUUCUAUUUCGAUUUCUGUGAUGCUAAAUGCGUGGAAGGAAACCUCCAGCAUAUUGGCUCUAAUAGUUAAGGAAGUAGCUGAAAGUGCACCUGCUGUCAACCAUCCAGAAGAGUUGCAAAAGCUGCUGGAGCAUUAUGCAGAUACCAUUCAGCAUCAGAUAGAUUUCUUACCGGGUGUUUCGUUGCCAGAUUUACCGCACUAUAAGCUUAGUCCAAAUGAAAACAAAAUUCUGCAGCAGAUAGUAGACGAACUUUUGGACAAACAGCUAGUUCAACAUAGUCUGAGCCCUUGCGCUGUACCGAUCUUGUUGAUUUCCUAUGCCGAGAAUGGAAGAAAUGAUAGGAGGCUAGCUGGCUCAAAAAUUUUCUCUAAAUUAGAUCUUCGCAGUGGUUAUCAUCAAAUCCGAAUAAGACCGGGUGACAAGUGGAAAACAGCUUUUAAAACACGUGAGGGCCUAUACGAGUGGAAAGUGAUGUCGUUCGGGUUAUGUAAUGCUCCGGCCACUUUCAUGCGACUAAUGAAUGAGGUUCUUAAGCCUUUCUUAAAUCGUUGUCGUGUCGCAUAUUUUGAUGAUAUACUAGUUUUUAGUACCAAUUUUGGAGACCAUUUUAAGCAUUUGACAGAAAUUCUAGAAGCAUUGAGGAAAAAUAAGUUGUAUUUAAAUAUUGCAAAAUGUGAAUUUGCUACUCAGUUGGUCUCAUUCCUGGGCUUCCGAAUUUCUGGUGAUGGCAUAAGCGUCGAACCAUCCAAGAUCAAAGUUGUUAAAGAAUGGCCCAUCCCGCAGACAUUCACUGAUAUCUGUAGUUUUCAUGGGAUGGCAAAUUUUUAUCGAAAAUUCAUUAAAGGUUUUAGUAUAUUGAUGGCACCGAUAACGGAUAUCCUAAAAUUAAAAAAAUUCUCAUGGGGUGAGGAUCAUCAAAAUAGUUUUGAGAGCAUCAAUGAGGCAUUAACUUCGGCACCUGUGCUUGCAUUGCCGAACUUUGAUAAGCCAUUCUUGGUGGAGUCAGAUGCUUCUACUGUUGGGAUUGGGGCCGUGUUGUCUCAAGAAGAUAGACCCAUUGAAUUUUUCAGUGAAAAAUUAAGUGUUCCGAGGCAACGGUGGACCGUUUAUGAACAAGAGUUGUAUGAUGUGCCGAAGGAAAGUGAUCUCACCAUCCUUCUAGGAGUUCCUAAAGGGCAACUCUGGACCCUCGAUUCAUCGAGUACUCGUCUCCACCCGAGGCACAAGGAAGCUGAGGAAGAUGCAUCUCCUACAUCUACUCCUGCACCUGUUCCUGCACAUACUCUGUUCUGCCAGCACGCUCAGCUGGAUCAGUUGGUGGAGUGA